CUAAUUUAUAGUGUGAAUAAUUUGAUAGGGCUUUUGUUCUCUUUUCCCCACUCUCUCAUAUCCCUUUCUCUAUCGUCUCUCCGUUUCUAUCUCUUCACUCCCUCCCGCGCAUCUAUCUCCUGCUCUAGAUUUUAUUGGAUCACAAGGGAAGCUCUGAAGGCGUUUGAAGAGCCUUCUGACUUAGAAGGAAAAAGGAAAUACACUGGUUGAGGAAAAGAUCCCUUCAUGACCUUUUGACAUUUUAAUAAUGUCAGGGUUGCUCAAUUCAUCACUGAACGGUUCUACUUCAAGUCUUCCUGACAGCACAGGGCGUUCAUACACAUCAUCAUUUUCUGUACAGUCCGGUGCUGGUUCUCCUGUUUAUCAUCAUGCUGGAAAUAUCCAGGGACUGCAUAAUCUUCAUGGAAACUUCAAUGUUCCAAACAUGCCGGGUGCGCUUGGAUCAAGAAGUACAACUAUGAAUAACAUUGCUUCAAGUGGGUUGCAACAAGCUUCUGGCAACCUUUCUACUGGCCGUUUUUCUUCCAACAACCUUCCAGUUGCCCUUUCUCAGAUAUCUCACAGCAAUACGCAUGUUCAUUCAGGGAUGGCAAGUAGGGGUGGUAUGAGUGUCAUAGGAAACCAAGGAUAUAGUAGCAGCACUAAUGGAGUUGGUGGUUCUAUCCCAGGGAUCCUACCAACAUCUGCUGCAAUUAGCAAUCGGACAUCUGUUUCCGGUCUUGGUAUAUCUCCGGUCCUAGGAAAUGCAGGGCAACGAAUGGCAAGUUCAAUGGGUAGUAUAGUUGGUGGGGGCAAUAUUGGCCGGAAUAUUAGCUCAGGUGGAGGGCUAUCUAUGCCUGGGCUUACUUCUCGAUUGAAUUUAUCAGCCAACAGCGGUUCCGGAAAUCUAAACGUGCAAGGACAAAAUAGGCUGAUGAGUGGUGUACUUCAACAAGCUUCUCCACAGGUACUGUCAAUGUUUGGCAAUUCCUAUCCUUCUGCUGGUGGUCCUCUAUCUCAAAACCAUGUUCAGUCCGUAAAUAAUCUUACGGGUAUGAGCAUGUUUGGUGACAUGAAUUCCAAUGAUGGUGCUCCUUUUGAUAUUAAUGAUUUCCCUCAGCUGAAUAGUCGUCCCAGUUCAUCUGGAGGCCAAGGGCAAAUAGGUUCUUUACGAAAGCAAGGCCUUAGUCCUAUUGUUCAACAAAAUCAGGAGUUCAGUAUCCAAAAUGAAGAUUUUCCAGCCUUACCUGGAUUUAAGGGUGGCAACAUAGAUUACUCAAUGGACAUGCAUCAGAAAGAACAAAUUCAUGAUACCUCUGUUUCCAUGAUGCAGCCCCAAAAUUUUUCUAUGGGACGCUCUUCUGGUUUCAACUUGGGUGCAACUUAUUCACCCCAUCGGCCACAACAGCAGCAGCAACAUACUCAAUCAGCAAGUGGUAGUGGUGGGCCCUUUUCUAAUGUAAAUAAUCAAGAUCUGCUCCAUGUACAUAGUUCGGAGUUGUUUCCACCAUCACAUUCGAACUAUCAUUCACAGAGCAGUGGACCCCCGGGAAUUGGAUUGCGGCCUCUGAAUAGUCCAAGUUCAGUAUCUGGUAUGGGGUCGUAUGAACACCUACAACAAUAUCAGCAGCAUCCCAAUCAAUCCCAAUUCCGCCUUCAACCAAUGUCUGCUGUUGGUCAUCCUUUUAGGGAUCAAGGAGCAAAGCCUAUGCAGGCUGCCCAGACAGCUUCGGAUCCAUUUGGCUUGCGUGGUUUAUUAAGUGUGAUAAGAAUGAGUGAUCCUGAUUUGUCAUCUCUUGCACUUGGAAUUGACCUAACUACACUUGGAUUGAACUUGAAUUCUACGGAAAAUCUUCAUAAAACGUUUGGUUCCCCAUGGUCAGACGAGCCUGCAAAGGGUGAUACUGAAUAUGCUGUGCCACAAUGUUAUUAUGCCAAACAACCACCACCUUUAAGUCAAGCAUACUUCUCAAAGUUCCAAUUAGACACGCUGUUCUACAUUUUUUAUAGUAUGCCAAAGGAUGAAGCUCAAUUGUAUGCGGCAAAUGAGUUAUAUAAUAGAGCCUGGUUCUAUCAUCGGGAGAUACACUAUUGGUUUACAAGAGUUAGCAACAUGGAGCCUCUUGUGAAGACAAGUGCUUACGAGAGAGGUUCUUAUAUCUGUUUUGAUCCAAACACAUGGGAGACAAUUCGAAAGGAUAAUUUUGUUCUUCAUUAUGACAUGUUGGAAAAGAGACCAGCUCUGCCUCAACAUUGACAAACAUGCUUGUUGUAUAUUUUCAUGUUCCUCCUGUUCUUUAGGAUAGAAGCAAGCUUGCUUUAAAUUAUUCUCUUAUCUGACCCAUUGUAAGCAAUCAUUGCAGCAAUGAUAUCUUAUUGCUUGCUUGUUGUAA